GUUGAUGUUCACAAGCUUACCUAUUGCGCAAUCAGGAACUCAAGCCUUAGGCCAAAAUAAUUCUGUGAGGCAAUUCUUGAAAGCUCAUGAUUUCGGACGUUUUGAUAUUGGCAUCCACCAACGGCAACAGCAGCAAUGCGCGGUCGAAUAGCGUUAAGAAAUGUUGCCCGAGGCUUUCGGCAGCUUCGACAACCAGGUGCUGGAGCUCAUUCCCGGAGAGCUAUCCAGAUCAGCGCAACGCCGACGACUGAGUCUCCCAUACUCACUGGAGAUGUUCUGGGAAACUCAAUUGAUGCGUCGACGGAUCCUGAAGUAGAUGCUCGAUUCGAAGUCCUUGGCGCGCCAUACUCUCUUUUGUCUGUUUCGUUAUCUGCCUCACAAAAACUGUAUACUAGGAGGGGCACAUUGGUUGGAGUCAGUGGGAAGGCAGAAAAUGCACAAUCCACGUUAUCCAUCUUAGAACCCUUUCGAAGAGCAGCUCUUGGCAUCCCAUUCCUUUACCAACGAAUCUCCUCCACAAGUCCCAUAACAGCCCUAAUAUCCACCAAAUCGCCACUCACUUCCUUCACUGUAUUACAUCUUAAUGGCACCGUGGACUGGAUGGUAGCGCAGCGGAAAGCACUGCUUGCUUGGACUGGUCACACGCUUUCCGUUUCUCCAUCCGCAAAUACGAAAAUGAAUCUUGCUCACUGGGGGAAUUCACAGAUCACAGGGAGAGGUCUGGUAGCGUUGGCUGGCCCAGGACAGAUAUACCAGGUUACGUUGAGGCAGGGAGAAGAAUAUGUUGCGCACCCGGGAAAUGUGGUUGCGUACACGAUCACGCAACAUCCACCAUUGCCAUACAGAUUCAAGUCAUCGAAUCUCAGAUUGCAGAUCCCAGAUUUAGGGCUCGGGUAUCUGGUGCCAGACAUCAAGUUCUUCAGAGUAAUGCGGCAGACGGAGACGUGGAAAUUCUUUACAAAGAUGUUGUUCAACUUAAGGACGCAAGCGAGGAGGACGAUAUGGGGAGAUCGACUGUUCUUGAAGUUUCAUGGCCCGACGAUGAUUUUGAUGUCUUCGAGAGCGUCGAGGAUUAGUGAUGUGUUGACCGCCAGGGAUGUGAAUGAGAUUGCGGAUACUCCUGCGGGCGUUGUGCAAGAGGCUGUUACGUUAGUCAACAAACCGAAAGAGGAUGAGGGAAUGAUGAAACAGAUUUCGGAUGUGCCGACUGGUUUCCAUGUGGCGGAAGUGAAUAGGGAUGGGAGUGUUGUAUUUGAGGACGCUAAGGAUGUCAAGCCGUUUAUUCGGUAGGACUGAAUGUGUAUGAUAUGAAUCAACGGAUGAAUGUAUUAUACAAGAAGAUCCACCCUGGUUCUUCAGAUUUCUUGUUCCUGAGAAGUGCGAAUAUAUGUGUUCAGAAGGUAGCUUUGAGAAGGCAAGGGAGCUCAAUUCAUCCAGUCUAGUGACUGCCCGCCUCUAUCGUCACAAUAGCUCAGCC